AUGGAAUCUCACGAAGUCUUGAACGCAAUGGAGGCGAAGCCAAAGGGCUCAGCGUCUCUUGCGGCUGUCGUAUCUGCCUUCGUUCCCACGUGGGUAACGGGCCUCAUUUUUGUUUCGAUAUUUAUCGUCAUUCGUCGUUGGUAUCCCAAUAUCUACGCUCCUCGCACAUUUAUCGGUACCAUACCAGAGAAAGACCGCACCCCCUCUGUGGGCAGGUCGUAUUUCAAUUGGGUACAUACCAUGCGAAAGGUUCCUGAUAAGUUCGUUUUAUAUCACCAGUCGCUUGAUGCUUACCUGUACCUCCGAUUCUUACGGACAACUAUCUUCCUCUGUCUUGUUGGUUGCUUUUUCACAUGGCCUAUUCUCAUGCCUGUAAACGCGACUGGUGGUGGCUCCUCCACAGAACUUGAUAAAAUCGGCAUUGGCAAUAUCCAGAAAAAAGGGCAUUUUUAUGCCCACGCCGUAAUGGCUUGGGUCUUCCUUGGUUUCGUUAUGUUCACGGUCGCUCGCGAACGCCUCUGGCUCAUUGGACUUCGUCAGGCCUGGACCUUGUCAAAGCCUAUCGCCACCCGCCUUUCAUCCCGUACCGUUCUGUUCUUAUCAGCGCCGAGAGAUGCACUUGAGGAGAGCAAUAUCCAACGAUUCUUCGGUGAAGGGGCCUUGCGCAUUUGGCCAGUAACGAAGGUCGAAGAGGUAGAAAGUCUAGUAUCGAGCUUGACGUCUAACAUCGAGCAUCUCGAGACAGCAGAAAUGGCACUCAUACGUAAAGUCAAUAGAGAAGGGAGAAGACUUGCAAAGAAACUCCCACCGCAUGAUGGCAACCUACGCUACGAGGAAAUCAUCCCCGAUUCAAUUCGGAAAUCCAUUAGGCCAAGACAUAAGCCAAAUGUUACCCCGCUCAAUGAGAAAGUCGAUAGUAUUGAGUGGCUACGCGACAAGAUCAAAGAAGACGAAGCGAAGAUCGAAGAUGCAAGAAGACUGCAUGAAAUCGGCGAUACUAAAGGAGCAGCAGCUGUAUUCGUCGAGUUUAAGACAUGUGCCGAAGCUCAGAAAGCAUGCCAAAACGUCGCCUCCAGCAACCUUUUGGCCCUUAAUCCUAGGUAUACCGGUCUUUCACCACACGAGGUCAUAUGGAAUAAUCUUCCCAUUCCGCCUGCUCGUCGCAUAUCUGAAGAAGGCACUGCCCUAGCAAUUGUCAUUGCUACAAUAGUCUUCUGGUCUAUCCCGAGUGGUAUUAUCGGGUUGAUUUCCAAUAUCAGCUACCUUGCUGAUACCUAUGAAUGGUUGAGUUUCUUGAAAAAUCUACCAAGCCCAGUAAUUGGUCUUCUAUCUGGUUUGAUACCACCGCUCGCUACAAGUUGGCUAAGCAAGAUGGUACCAAAUAUAUUUAGGUAUAUAUUUAAAUCGUUUGGCAGUCCUACGAACACUGCCGCUGAGCUACGCGUCCAGAAGUGGUAUUACAUAUUUCAAGUAACACAGGUUUUCCUCGUUACCGCAGUCUUCUCUGGGGCAGCGCCGGUGGCCAAGGAGCUGAUGGAUAGAGUAAAAAACCCCACUUCAGUGCCCGAGUUAUUGGCAAGACAGCUUCCGAAGGCAUCAAAUUUCUACUUGACGUAUUUUAUCAUUCAGGGAACUACCUCUGCUGCUGAUAAUUUACUCAAUUAUUCGGAUCUACUUUCAUAUCUCUUCUGUGGUUACCUCUUUGAUAAAACACCACGCCAGAAGUUCAACCGAUACACGAGCAUGAAGGGAAUCGCGUGGGGAAAAUUGUUUCCAAAGUUUGCGAACUUCGCGAUCAUCGCAAUUUCCUACUCUUGCAUCGCACCGCUAGUCCUCGGUUUCGCGGCUAUCGGGUUAUCACUCUACUAUUUCUCAUAUCGCUACAACCUUCUCUUCGUGAUCCAACCCAAAAUAGACACCAAAGGCCAGGCUUACACACUAGCACUCGAACAUCUUCUCACGGGCGUCUACAUCUCUGAGCUAUCUCUUUUAGGCCUUUUUGGCUUAAGAAAAGCCACCGGGCCAUCUAUCAUUAUCACAAUUUUAUUCAUAGUCACCGUUCUUUAUAACAUGCUAAUGAAUAAGUACCUCGCGCCUCUCGAGAAAUUCCUACCAUCUGACCUGGCAACCCUAUCUGAAACAGAUGACGAGUCGACGCCACUUCUAUCAUCCGCGGAGGAGGGGCAGGUACAGACGAAUUCCCAUAUCCAGCGUCUCGGUCAGCGAGCUCAUGUCCCGCCAAAGGUCGCGCAGCACGUACUUGACCCAAUAGCGCGUUUCUUCGAGCCCCAGGUCUUCGCUUCCCACCAGGCCAUGAGAGCAUGGCUUCAAGAAGGGGAUUCCUACGAGAACGAAGGGGACAUUCCCGUAUACACAGAAGAGCAACUAGAGAAAGCGUACUUAAACCCGGCACUCACUAGCCCUACGCCCUUGAUAUGGAUCGCUAGAGAUUCGAUGGGAGCCAGUCGGAACGAGAUUGCGGAAAACGAGCAGCGUGGGCUGAAGGCCAGUGACCAGGGCGCUUGGCUCGAUGAGAAGGGUAGGCUUAAGUGGAGCGCGGAUGAUUUCGGAGAGGUGCCGGUUUGGAAACAAGGUAUCAUUUACUAA